AUGCCCCUGACGCUCAAACAAAUCGACGAGACAAUACUUUUCAUGGACAAAACAUACGACGCAAACUUUGGAAACUGGAUCAGGAAUGAAGAUAACUGCAAGAUUGUGGGAUGCAGCUUGAAGAAGUACUUGGAAUGCUACAGAGAGUCGGAGUUUAUAACUGUCCUGAAGUGGAUAGUAAAAGACUGGACUCUAAAAUCAAUAAUUCUUCUUUCAAAAAAGCUAAUACUUGAGGACAUAAUAGGAAUGGGCAUUGAGGCAUAUACAAAGAGAAUUAGAGUACUUUCGGGCCUUAUCUUUACCUGGAAUCCAAUAUUUAUUUCAGAGUUUAUUCUGGCCUGCACGGUAGAGCUGACAGUGACACAGAAGACGGACUUUAUGGUGAGCAUAUUGAAUGUGUUUGAUUCUAAGAAGCUUUCAGAGAUUCUAUCACAAAUUGAAAGUAAGAUUGAUGUUCAAACGAAAAAGGAAUUGGUAAGGAAGUUUAAGGAUUCCGUAUAUUUAGAAACGAAAGAUCAAUGGAAGAGAAGGGGAAGCAUGCUGGAAGCGUAUAAUAUUAUGUGA